AUGUGUCCGCUGUCACGAAUUUGCGAACGAGCCCUCACAUUUGCAUUUGCCUCGUCACUAGCGUCGAUAUCAACAUUUGCUAGAUCUAAGACCGGUACGGAAUUUCUAGCCACGUUAACUAGCGAUAGGGUUACGGAAUCUAGGCAAACAUUUUGCCGUCCCCUGGUUCCCUAUUUGCCCUGGAGCUUCGUUAUAUUCCUCCUUCCCUUCACAUGGCUAGUACUGCACCCCGCGGCUAGCAAACUGGCUAUGUCGUUGCCAUGA